AGUUUUACAUUGGUAAUUUUGACCACCUUUCACAUAUACUUGGCUUCACUAAACAAUCUGUGAUCAAUUAUCCUUGCUUGCACCUUCCCAGCCUUGUCCUGAAAGACGGGCCACCAAGAUCACGUGUUACGUUCGGCAAACCUGCCCUGUGGGACAGUUUGGGGGUUAACUUUCCCUACCCCGGACCAUCUUCCACCGAGCAAUCGGUGGUGACAAUACCCCUCCUUGCUCACUCAUGGUGGACCGAACGACAAUGCGCGUAGCCGUUUGCCCCAUAGCCAGCUUCCAAGGCCUUUGGAUGUGUAGAUAUUUAAAGCUGCAGUAGGCCUCAAGCUUACCUAGAUGAAAAGUAACGGACAUUUACUUUUCGUCUCCAUCUCCUCUACCUCCUAGAGCCAGGUAAUCUCCUUGACGAAGCAUAUCGCAAUGGCCGCAAGUCAAGCUUACUUUCAAGACGCGACUUCGGGUACUCAUCCAUUUUCUGUAGAUGGGAAGACUGCUAUUGUGACUGGAGCUGGUUCAGGCAUCAAUUUCUCCUUUGCGGCCCUACUCCUCUCACGCAACUGCAAUGUUCUCUUUGCCGAUCUAGCCCUUCGCCCCGAAGCGCAGAAGCUUGUCGACGAGCAUGCCACGAAGACUGGUGGGAAGCCUCGCGCCGUAUUCCAGAAAACGGAUGUGACAGACUGGACGCAACUGUCGCGCAUGUUCGCAGUUGCGAAUAAGGAGUUCGGCACCGUGGAUAUCGUGUGUCCAGGUGCUGGCAUCUACGAUCCUCAUUGGAGUAACUUCUGGCACCCUCCUGGGUCUGCGAAAUCGAAGGACACGCCAGAUGGUGGACAUUAUGCAAGCAUUGAUAUCAAUGUUACGCAUCCUAUACGCACUACACAACUAGCGAUAUCAGAGUUUGUCAGCCCAAAGCAGGGCGAGAAAGUCAGUGUCACGAAUCCAAAGCGCGUCAUCAUCAUAAGCAGCAUUGCAGGGCAAGUCGCCAACCUCGCAACGCCCAUCUAUGUCGCUGGGAAGCAUGCCAUGAACGGCUUCAUCCGCUCUCUGGGCCACCUCGAUGCUGCGCUCGGCAUCCGCGUCAACGGUGUUGCGCCGGGAGUCAUCAAAACACCGCUGUGGACCGAACAUCCGGAGAAGCUCACUUUCUUAGACCAGGAGAAAGACGAGUGGGCGACGCCCGAGGAAGUCGCAGAAGCAAUGGUAAGAUGUCUCGAGGAGCCUGGGCUUGGCGGAGGCACGAUCCUCGAGGUCGGCGCGAAGCAAACGCGGAAAGUAGCGCAAUUGAAUGACCCCGGGCCCAGCGGGCCUGGACACACUGUGAGUAAGCUUAGGGACACUUAUCCAGAGGUUUAUGGGUGGUUGGGGGAGGAGGGGUGGGGGCAGCAGGGCAAAGCGUGA